AUGGGCCAUCACUGCUGCAGCAAACAGAAAGUCAAGAGGGGCUUAUGGUCUCCUGAAGAAGAUGAGAAGCUCGUUAAACACAUAACUGCCCACGGCCAUGGCUGUUGGAGUUCUGUUCCGAAACUUGCAGGGCUACAAAGGUGUGGGAAGAGUUGUAGAUUAAGGUGGAUUAAUUACUUGAGGCCAGAUCUUAAAAGGGGUUCUUUUACUGAACAAGAAGAGAGGACAAUUAUUGAUGUUCAUAGGAUUUUAGGCAACAGAUGGGCACAGAUAGCCAAACAUUUGCCUGGAAGAACUGAUAAUGAGGUCAAGAACUUCUGGAAUUCUGUGAUCAAGAAGAAGCUCAUUGCUCAAGGAUUAGACCCCAAUACUCAUAAUCUCCUGUCUCCUCAUCAAACCAAAGCCAAGAACAAUGGUAAUACUAUAAGCAAACUCAACUCUCAUCAUCAAGAAUCAGGUUCAGUUUUCACCAUGGAUACUUCACCAGGAAACAAAGAAAUCAUCGAUGCAAAAUCGACGUUGUCUCUCCCGAGUUCAUACAUUAAUUCAUCCGCAUUAAACGGAGCAUCAUCCAUAACAACAUUUGAGUUCCAAAACCCUAGUAAUCUUGCAUGGACUGACCAUGGAACUCACAGUUCUCAUCAGCAAUCUAUGAUGGAGUUUUCUAGCUGUUCUUCUAUGGAAAGCACUCCAAUUUCAACUUCUUCUUUACCUUCAUCAGGGUUUGGGAUUUUAGCUGAGAAUUGCAUGUGGGGUAAUGGUUUUGAGCCAUGCUUCGAUCACGCUCCGCCGCAGCAGCAGCAGCAGCCGGAAAAGGUCAGUACUGAUCAAGAAAAGGUGUACCGAGUGAGUAAUCACGAGUUUAAUGGUUGUCAGAAUGCAGAGAAUGGAUUUGAUAGCUCUAACAUCGACUUUGAGUUCAUGGAUUCGGCUCUAGUUCCUCCUGGAAUGUAUUGUAAUGUGAAUUCAAUGGAUCAACUUGCAUGGGAUUGUUAG